UUCCUCAUUUCUGUCACUGUCACUGUCAGUACUGUCACGAUACGGAACGGAUCGGUAUCGAAGAUUUCGCCGCAAUGGGAGACUCUGCUGCCGACGCAAUCAAGGAUCUUAACAUAAACGACAAGUCAAAAACCAAAGCAAUGAAGGAGAAAAAGAAGAAAACGGAAGACUCUGGUGGUGUGUCUGAGCUCAACCCUUGGCCUGAGUUCAUACAAAAGAGGAUUACCCUGUGGGACAAAUACAAAGUGCAGUAUGCCGAUGAGUUGGCAAAGAAACCUGAUGUCAGUAUUGUUGUUACAUUGCCGGAUGGAAAGACGGUUGAGGCUAAAGCUUGGAGGACUACGCCUUAUGAUGUGGCCAAGGGAAUCAGUCAAGGCCUGGCCGACUCCACUAUCAUCGCGCGAGUGAACAACGAGCUCUGGGACCUGGACAGACCGCUGGAAGGGGACUGCAAGCUGGAGCUCCUCCGAUGGGACAACACAGAUGCGCAGGCUGUGUUUUGGCACUCUUCAGCACAUAUGCUGGGCGAGGCUAUGGAGAGGGUAUACGGCGGUUGCUUAUGUUACGGGCCCCCCAUCGAAGAGGGAUUUUACUACGACAUGUAUUAUCCCGAGAAAGGAAUCUCAUCCACAGACUUCCACGUCCUGGAAGGUCUGGUAAAGAAGAUCGCCAAGGAGAAACAACCGUUUGAACGCCUGGAGCUCACCAAGGAACAGCUGCUUGAAAUGUUUGACUAUAACCCGUUCAAAGUGAGGAUCCUCAAAGAGAAGGUGAACACACCUACCACGACGGUGUACCGCUGCGGGCCGCUCAUCGACCUGUGCCGGGGACCCCACGUCAGGCACACCGGCAAGGUCAAGGCCGUCAAGGUCACUAAGAACUCGGCAACAUACUGGGAAGGCAAAGCUGACGCGGAAAGCCUACAGCGUAUUUACGGAGUAUCGUUCCCUGAACCCAAACAGCUUAAGGAGUGGGAGACCAUUCAGGAGGAGGCCGCUAAGAGGGAUCACAGGAAAAUAGGCAGGGAGCAAGAGUUGUAUUUCUUCCACGAGUUAUCACCAGGAUCCUGCUUCUUCCAACCCCGAGGCGCACACAUUUACAACACUCUGGUCAACUUUAUACGCGAGCAGUAUAGGAUCCGAGGCUUCACAGAGGUGGUGACGCCGAAUAUCUACAACGCGAAGCUGUGGCAGACGUCGGGCCACUGGGCGCAUUACGCCGAGAACAUGUUCUCCUUUGACGUGGAGAAGGAAACCUUCGCUCUGAAGCCCAUGAACUGUCCCGGACAUUGCCUGAUGUUCGACAACCGCACGCGCUCGUGGCGCGAGCUGCCGCUGCGGCUGGCGGACUUCGGCGUGCUGCACCGCAACGAGCUCAGCGGCGCGCUCACCGGCCUCACGCGCGUGCGCCGCUUCCAGCAGGACGACGCGCACAUCUUCUGCGCCCAACAACACAUCGAGAAGGAGAUGGUGGGGUGCCUAGAGUUCCUAGAAGCCGUGUACUCUACGUUCGGGUUCACAUUCCAACUGAAGCUGUCCACGCGGCCGGAGAAGUACCUCGGGGAGCUCGCCUCUUGGAACGAAGCUGAAAAGGCGUUAGAAGACUCCUUGAACAAAUUUGGUAAGCCGUGGCAACUGAACCCGGGUGACGGGGCGUUCUACGGCCCUAAGAUCGACAUCACUAUACAGGAUGCCUUGAGGAGAUCCCACCAAUGUGCGACCAUACAGCUGGAUUUCCAGCUACCUGAGAGAUUCAACCUGAGCUACGUCAGUGAGAGUGGCGAGAAGAAACGUCCGGUGAUCAUCCACCGCGCGAUCCUGGGCUCCGUGGAGCGCGUGGUGGCCAUCCUGGGCGAGUCGUACGCCGGCAAGUGGCCCUUCUGGCUCAGCCCGCGCCAGGCGCGCGUCGUGCCCGUCGGGCCCGCCUUCGACGAUUACGCGGUCAAGGUGAACGAGCAGCUAUACGCCGCUGGGUUCAUGUCGGAGGCCGACACAGACGCGGGUGACACGCUCAACAAGAAAGUGCGGAACGCUCAGCUCGCGCAAUUCAACUACAUCCUGGUGGUGGGCGAGCGCGAGAAGUCCUCGGGCACCGUGAACGUGCGUACCCGAGAUAACAAGGUGCACGGCGAAAUGUCCAUCGAAGCACUCAUAGAACACUUCAACACCCUCGUCAAGGACAAGACAUUGGCCGAAGACAGCCAGUUACUCAAGUAACCUUGAACUUUUGACCUAUAUUCCGUACAGGGUGACCCACGGGUCCAUUGAACCUCUUAACCCUUCUACCGCCAAAAACAUCAACUGACGCACGCGGAAACAGCCCAAUAUCAACCUUAUAUUCACUACUAAUUACGAUACCUUUAGGGCCCUUGCACACCGCGUAUUCCAUGAAGCAGUUUGCGUUAGUCGCGAUACAAACGCGCGUUUGCAUCGAUACACACGCAGGUCACGGCGCGUUUGUCUUGAUGCCGGGGUUUCCUUGUCUACGAAAAACGCAUACUCAUAGUGUUGUGUUCCUGCCGGUAAGUAAGGUUGCCAGAGCUCAACGAGGGGGGGGGGGUUUAGGGUCGGCAACGCGCAUGUAACUCCUCUGGAGUUGCAGGCGUACAUAGGCUACGGAGACUGCUUACCAUCAGGCGGGCCGUAUGCUUGUUUGCCACCGACGUAGUAUUAAAAAAAAACGCAUUUUGCUAAGUUGGGUCCAUUUCGUGAUGCGCACUUAAUGUUCUGGGGACCUACCGCGGAAACCGAAAUUCGCUAAUUGCGGGGAUCUUUCUCUUUUACUCCCACUAAGACGUAGAAUGACAGAGAAAAAUUUAUAGCCCUGUUCUUCUGUACUUGUACAUGUUUGUGACUGUCACGAAUAAUGUAUUUAAUCGUUAUCAUUUGGCCAGCGCGUCUUUAUCGAUACAAAUGCGCGUUGUAAGCGCGUUAGCAUCGCGUCUGUUUAGUAAUAAGUUUUUGGCAAAAAUAAAUUUUUUGGUACAAGCUUUUAUCGCUGACUGUAUUUUUCAUUCCACGGUUAACUAAUUCUCAUCGAGACAGUUCUAAAAACCCCAAACACGAUUAGGUGGCCUUGUUUUAUCAGAGUUCCUAUGGCUACCUCCUGUCUCCAUCAUCAGAUCAGCUCCGUCAUAAUAAUAUUGCACUGUCAUCCGAUUUAUACAUUCAUGCAAAAUUCCAGCUCAAUCAGAAACCGGGAAGUGGAUCAAAUUUAACUUGCAAGAUUUGAUUACAGACCGACAGACACAACGGGGCAGGUGAAACUAAAUAAAAGCUUCUAAAAACGCGCGUCGACGGCGUCUGCGUCGAUGUAGGUGUGCAAAGGUCUAAAAGCUGCGUGUGACUCGCGUGCGAAUUGCGUGUGUAUCAAUACCAGUGAUCGGAACUAUGGGAGUAAAACUUUAACAAAACUUGUUAAGCGGACAUAAAAUAGUGCAUACAGGCCUAAAAAUAUUCAUGUCCAUAGGGAUAGGAAUAGUAUAGUACUAACAGCCAUAAAAAUAUUUACAUUCAUAGAUAUUCGAAUAUUUUUAAGACUAAGCACUCUUUUUACGUCCGCUUCAUAAGUUUUGUUAAAGUUUUACUCCCAUAGUUCCGUACCCCUAGUGUAAAUAUUUUCGACAGCGAAACGUGACGUACGCGUUUGCGUUAAGUGUCAUUUUGUAUGAGAUUUUUGACUUUCCAAAACGUCCCGCUUGGCGCGCUGUUCAAAAACCCAUACAAAAUGAGACUUAACGCAAACGCGUACGUCACGUUUCGAAAUCGAAUUUAUUUACACUAGGGGUACAGAUCACUGAUCAAUACAUACGCGCGUCGACGACGCAUAAAAAAAUGCGGUGUGCAUACGCCCUUAGGUGAUCUUGGCGUGCAAAAGGAAAGGCUCUAUAUUCACGACGCUAUAAUUUCCAGUCUUCUGAUUCGGUUAGAAUAAGUUUUCUUUUUUUAUCACAUUUUAAUGUAGUAAUUUAUUUAGCGUAUCUCGAAAGACAAACCCUCUUAUUCAUAAACGUGUACUAAAGUUACGAUGCCGCUAAUAAUCGUUUAUCCCUUUCCAUCAUACCGAUACGUCGGAAAGGGACAAACGAUUAUUAGCGGCAUCGUAAUUUUAGUACACGUUUAUGAAUAAGGGGGUUAUUGUUUUUAAAACAUGUGUGCAUUUCUUGCAUUUAAUUUAUGAAAGUAUCGUUAGUUGACAAUAUACUGGAUUGAUUUAAGUCUUAUAAAAGUGUUAUUGUAAUGUGAACCUUAACCCAAGCAAAAAAGACUUAAAUUUAUUCUGUUAAAAAGAAAAAAAACAAACUACUUUGUAUAUGAGUAAUGUGAGAGAUGUUAAUACACAAAAAAUAUAAUUCUAUACAAUACUGUAUUUUCAGUCAUAUGUCUAAGCCAUGGUGGUUAAUAAAAAUGCUUUUAUUUAUAAA